AUGCACGACACAGAGCGCACUGAACUCUCAGCGCCUCUAUUCCCUGCCUUCAGUCCACUUCCGUUCCUAGGUUCUCUUUUGACUUAUAGCAAGCCGACUCAUUGCAGGCCCAGAUCCACUGUUCCAGUCUCAGAACUAUCGUCAAACCAUUUCGAUAAAAGUCAGAUUCCCUUUGCCCAGUCCGUGAUCUUGCCUUACCAGUAG